AUGCGCACAUUCCAAUGGUCGGCCUUCGGGUCGUUGGUGAUUUCGGCAGUGGCUCUAACUCCGAAAGAACUCAUUGCUGCUCCGAGACGGAGUGAGGCUGUUCCCAAUCCAUCGGGAGAAGUCGCACUGUUUUCCACUUCUGAGUACUCAUGGGAUACCCAUGCCACAUCUUCGUGGUGGAGUUUGCUAGAUCUGAAGACUGGAAAAGUUACUCAGCUUACCAAUGACACCAAUGUCUCUGAGUUGAUUUGGUCCGGGUCUAGUGACUCGGGUCUUCUGUACAUCAACGGCACUAAUGCCGAGAUUCCCGGAGGUGUGGAGAUCUGGGUAUCAGAUACCUCUAGUUUCACCAAAUCUGCGUACAAGGCAGCUUCAUUGCCAGCACCGCUGUCUGGUCUCAAGACAGCGAUCACCAAAUCUGGCGAUAUCAACUUCUUGGUAUACGGAGAGUCCUAUGCUAAUGGAACCGCCUAUAACGAGGAGCUGGCUGUCACGCCUUUGAGCUCUGCCCGCAUCUACGACAGCAUCUACGUUCAAGAGAGCCGGACAGGAGCCGCCGCUAGCUAUACUUCUAACGGAGCUCUGAAGAACCUAGUCGCAGGGGUCAAGAACCUUGAGUCUCCAUAUCCUCCAUUCGGCGAUUCGUCUGACUAUGACAUCUCUGCCGAUGGAAAAUGGGUCGCGUUCAAGAGCAAGGCCCCUGAAUUGCCGCGUGCAAACAACACUGCUUCCUAUAUCUACCUCGCGCCUCACGAUGGGUCAAAGAAGGCCGUCGCGAUCAAUGGUCCUGAAAGCCCCGGUACACCGAAAGAUAUAAAGGGUGACUCGAGCAGCCCUGUCUUCUCUCCGGAUGGCCGUCGCAUCGCAUAUCUUCAAAUGGAGGAUGUUGCUUACGAGGCGGACCGUCGUACUGUUUACGUUUACACCCUCCAAUCAAAAGAGACAAUUCGCACAUUAGCCAAGGACUGGGACCGGUCACCAAGCGCCAUCAAGUGGACUGCUGACGGCAAGAACUUGGUUUUGAACACCGAGGACCUUGCGCGCUCUCGACUCUUCUUGUUGCCCGCUAAUGCUGACAAUGACUUUAAGCCCAAGAAUUUCACCGACGGCGGCUCUGUCGCUGCUUACUAUAGCCUGCCCAAUGGUGAAUUUUUGGUUUCUGGUUCUGCCAUCUGGACUAGUCGCGUUGUAUACACCGCGAAGCCAGGAAAGGGUAUUACUGGACUUGUCUUCUCGGCCAACGCUGUUGACGCUGCAUUGAAGGAUUUGGGGCCGUCAGAUAUCAGCGAGUUUUACUACAAGGGCAACUGGACAGAUAUUCAUUCCUGGAUCAUCUACCCCUCAAACUUUGACAAGUCAAAGAAAUACCCGCUUUUGUACUAUAUCCACGGUGGUCCCCAGGGCGCUUGGGCUGAUUCCUGGAGUACUCGCUGGAACUACAAGGUCUUCGCUGAUCAAGGAUAUGUGGUCGUUGCACCAAACCCAACUGGUAGCACUGGAUUUGGAGAUAAAUUGACUGAUGCGAUCGCCAACAACUGGGGUAGCUACCCUUACGAUGACUUGGUGAAGGGCUGGGAAUAUGUCCGCGACAAUUUUGACUUCAUCGACACUGAUCGCGGUGUGGCUGCCGGCGCUAGUUAUGGUGGAUUCAUGAUCAACUGGAUUCAGGGUAACCCCUUGGGCCGCAAAUUUAAGGCUCUGGUUAGCCACGACGGAACAUUCGUUGCCGAUGCAAAGAUCUCGACAGAAGAACUUUGGUUCAUGGAGCACGAGUUCAACGGCACUUUCUGGGACAACCGCGAUAACUACCGCCGCUGGGAUCCAUCAGCUCCUGAGCACAUCCUGCAAUUCGAUACUCCCCAGCUGAUCGUCCACAGCUCAAAGGACUACCGACUUCCCGAGUCUGAAGGACUGGCCUUGUUCAAUGUCUUGCAGGAGCGUGGUGUUCCUAGCCGACUCCUGAAUUUCCCUGAUGAGAACCAUUGGGUUGUUAAUAAGGAGAACAGUCUUGUCUGGCAUCAGCAGGUUCUGGGAUGGCUUAACCACUACUCUGGAUCUAAGGGCUCUGUCAGCUUGGAUGAUACGAUAAUUCCAGUUGUGGACUAUGAUCCUUGA